CCGAUCGCCGGUCCGCUGUGUCCCUCGGACACAGCGGAUCAUGGAGAAAGUCGAAGAUGUCGGCUCUGUCAUGUGAUCAGCUGUGUCCAAUCACAGCUGAUCACAUGGGAUAUGUACACUGAUCAUCAGUGCACUGAUGAUCAGUGUGCCCUGAUGAUCAGUGUUGCCCCAGAAGUGCCACUUGUCAGUGCCCAUCAGUGUCAGUGCCACAUCAAUGCCACACAUAAGUGCAUACCAGUGCACAUCAAUGCCACAUAUCAGUGCCCAUCUGAGCUGCCUUUCAAUGUCACCCAUCAGUGCCAGUCAGUGCUACCUAUCAGUGCCACC